AUGACUUCCUUCGCUAAAGCUGCGUUCGAUUCGGCGGCAUAUCUCGCGUGCAGACCGAGAUACUCAAAGGAGCUCGUAAAGCAGAUCCUCGACUAUGGCCACUUUACACCCAGUACCAAGAGUGGCAGAACAGCCGUUGAUCUUGGCUGCGGUCCUGGCCAGCUCACUGCACAGCUAGCGUCGACUAAUGCAUUCGAACAUGUUUACGGUUUAGACCCCUCGGCAAAGAUGCUCUCGCGAGGGAUGCAAGCCGACCCGCCAGCACCUCGAAUAAGCUACCGUCAAAGCUCAGCGGAGCGACUCGAAUGUCUUGCAGAUAGCUCAGUAGAUCUUUUGACGGCAAGUCAAGCUGCACAUUGGUUUGAUCACUCAAAGGUCUGGCCUGAGCUUCUGCGGGUGCUCAAACCAGGUGGCCUGGUGGCAUACCUCAAUUACGGCGAGUGCGAAGUGCCAACGCAUCCAGAAGUCAGUCGUAUCAUCGGAAGGCACUCGCACGUUACACUUGCGCCUCAUUGGCAACAGCCCGGCCGCGACAUUGCCGAGAAUCUGCUUGACGAAAUUGCGUUUCCCGGUACACAAGGCUGGGAUAAGAGCAGCUUUGAAAGACGCAAAUUCGACCGAGGCAAUAUCACUGCAACAUUGAGCGAUGUUGCAGCCCCUCCGCCGACUACUCACCAUCCCAUUGCAUUCAAGCUAGACUGGACAAUCGAUCAAUUGACCGGCUAUCUCAGGACAUGGUCUGCCGCACACAACUAUGACGAGGCACACGGAGGCGAUGUCGUAGAUCAGGUAGCUCGUGAGCUCCAAACCCUGUUGCCUGCAUCGCCGGAGACGUUCGAGAUCGUAUGGCCUGGCAUCACCUUAUUCGCUCGUAAGGCGAGGUAG